AACAAAAGAAGAAAGAGCAUCUCUCUCUCUAAAACUAAAUUUCUCUCUCCAUUUCUUAUCCAAACACACCACACACAGUAGAGAGAGACGAAGAAGAAAGAAAGCUGAACUCUAGAGAGAGAAAAUCAAAGUUUUAGAGACGCAGGGAAGCUAAAAUCCUCUAUUGUUUCUCGAUCUUUCUCUCCAUUUCACAUCCUAACACACCACACACAGUAGAGAGAGAAGAAUUGAAGGUUUAGAGAGAGAAAAUCGAAGUUUUAGAGAGAGAGAAAAUCGAAGUUUUAGAGAGAGAAAUCUGAUGCUUUUGGAGAAGAAGGAAAAGCUAAAAUCCUCGGUUUUUGCUCGAUCUAGAGAGAAAUCGGAGUUUUAGAGAGAGAAAUUAAAGUUCUAGAGAGAUAAAGUGCGUGUUUUUUGAGACGAAAGAAAGCAAGUUUUAGAGAGAGAAAAAAUCGAAGUUUCAGAGAGAAAAAAUCGAUGUUUUAGAGAGGGAAAAUCGAAGUUGCAGAGAGGAAAAUCCAAGUUCUAGAGAGAGAAAAUCGAUGUUUUAGAGAGGGAAAAUCAAAGUUUCAGAGAGAGAAAAAAAAUCAAAGUUCUAGAGAGAGAGAAAAUCGAAGUUAUAUAGAGAGAAAGUGAGUGCUUUCUGAGACGAAAGGAAGCUAAAAUCCUCUGAAAACAGAAAUUUUAGAGAGAGAAAAAUGAUGUUUUAGAGAGAGAAAGGGAGUCCUCUCGAAGACGAAAGGAAACCUAAAAAAAUCCUUUGUUAUUGCUCGAUCUAGACCGAGAAAAUCAAACUUUUUUUUUCCUUCUUAUUUAGGUCAUGAGGAGAGGUAGACCAACGGCGGCGGCAGCAGCGAAACCUAACGGAUCUGAAGGAUUAAAAGAAAUUAGGUUUCGUGGUGUCCGAAAACGGCCAUGGGGUCGAUUUGCAGCAGAAAUUAGAGAUCCAUAUAAGAAAAGUAGGGUUUGGUUAGGUACAUUUGAUUCAGCUGAGGAAGCAGCUAAAGCUUAUGAUACAGCUGCUAUUACUCUUCGUGGACAUAAAGCCAAAACUAAUUUCCCUUUACCUCAACAUAAUCAACAAUUCAAUCAAAUAUUAAACCCUAACGACCCGUUUAUUGACCCGAGAUUUCAAACUCCCAUUGUUUGUCAAAGACCUACAUCUAGUAGUAUGAGUAGUACAGUGGAAUCUUUUAGCGGUCCUAGACUGCCACCGCCACGUCAGCAAACGGCGGCGAAACCGAUGAGGAAACAUCCUCGAUCGCCGCCGGUUGUGCCGGAUGAUUGCAGGAGCGAUUGUGAUUCGUCGUCUUCUGUAGUUGAAAAUGGUGAAUGUGAUAAUGAGAAUGAGAAUGAAAACAUUGUUUCGUCGUCUUUGAGGAAACCGUUGCCAUUCGAUCUUAACUUUCCUCCGGUGAUGGAUGAUGUUUAUGCGAAUUCGGAUGAUGUUUACUGCACGGCGCUAUGUCUUUGAUGGAAAAAUGUUUUCAAAGUUUCGAUGUUUCUACCAUUCGAAACCCCAUUUGUUGAAAAAAGGGGUUGAAAGAAAAGAAAUCACAGUUUUAUAGCUAUUGCUAUGAGUCUGUUGCUGGAAGAGAUUUUAAAUCUUCAAUUUGCUUAUCCUAUUUAAUAGAUGGAUCAGUGUGUCUGAUAAUUGAUCUGAUUAUGUGUCCUUCGACUAUAUAUUUGUUGUGGGAUAAUGUAGUCCUUUAUUGUCAGUUGAAGCCAGAUUUAUAUACAUUGACAUGUAAAAUUAGAGGGAACUUUCAGUUCCAGUGUUGUUAAGUAUGAUGAUAUGUACUCUUUCAUUACUUUAUGUCAGAAUCAAGACUUCAUUUGAUCAAAUAUUAGUUGACAUGUGUUUAUUGUCAUA